AUGUUAUCAUCAAGCGCCUCAGGCUGCACCAAGUCAGGAACAAGAAAUAAAAGUCAUGUUGAAGCAGCUCUUACAAGGUCAAUUGCCUGGAAAUUUGUUCAAAAUCCAAAGGAGCAUUGUAAAGUGAUCUUCACUCAAGAGCAAGGAUUUGAUCAACAAGCUGCUAAUGAGAAGGAUAUUGAGGAGAUCUGUAUGCUGCUUAAUAAUGAAGACAAUGUUGUUGCUGAUGCUCCUGGAGUCCAGUACGCUCAACCUGAAGUGCAAGCUCCUCAGAUAGCUAUCCACGCUUCACCAGUUGAGCUCGCACAACAAGCUCAAUCAGCAACUCGAUCGAGCCAGACCGUCUCACCAGCUCGAUCGAGUCAGAUGCUCUAUGUUCCAACACCAUCUGAUGAUGACACCUACAAGCCCCCUGGUGAUCUCUUAUCCACACCAACCUCACUACCCAAGCUGAAUGGUCAGGGAAGCUUCACUCUGCCUUGUACACUUGGUCACCUACAACUUGAGGAUGCACUUGUUGAUUCUGGAGCAAGUAUCAAUCUGAUCUCUCUUGUUCUAAUACAGAAGUUGGGUAUACAGAGUCUGAUCCAGCGACCUAAGUCUUCUAUCAUGUUUGGGGAUGCUUCUUCUAAAGCCCCACUUGGUAUUGUCAUGGAUUUCCCUUUGAGAAUUGGAGAGUGCACAAUCCCAAUUGAUCUAACAGUUCUGGAUAUGGUUGAAGAGAAGGAUGUGCCAUUGAUCUUAGGGACACCUUUCCUCACCACUGUUGGUGCCUCCAUUGAUUUCCAUACAAAGAAAGUCAUCUUGCACAAUGUCAACAGCAAAGUCUCUUACCCUCUCAAGGCAUCAAGCUCUAAAUAUUGUGGAACCAUUGCCACUAAGUCGCUGAGCAUCAAGGUGAUGAGUCUGCUGAGUUUGCUGAGGUUGAAAAGAUGGAGAUUAUGA